AUGGUACCUCCUACUAAACGUAAGGUUUUUAAUGGACAGAAACUUAAACCAAUCAUAAAGUUAUUGCGUUCUCGUGAAUUAGGCACGAGUCAGUACAUUGGUACGGGUCAGAUACCAGAGUCUUCAUCUAAGUUUCCAUUCGUGUGGCAAAGACGCAGUCUGGAUCCUGGCCAUAGAAAUAAAAUCUUCGCCUGUCAGUGGAUUACCAAUAACCAUGUUGUCUAUGGUACAAAAUGUAACAAUUUAGUUCUAUAUGACUGCACCUCAAAUGAAAGCUUUGACAUUCCUUUGAUAAAAUCAGAUACUCCAUAUGCAAAUCAAAUUAAUCCUUGUGCUUGUGGUAUUCAUUCCAUUCAACUCAAUACAUCGAAAACAUUGUCGGAAUUUUCUCCUCACUGUUUACUUUGCGAUUGCCAUAAUGAUUGGGUUUUUGACUUACGGUGGCUUGAUGAUACCUGUUUAGCGUCAUGUUCGCGAGACUCAUCGUUAGCUUUAUGGCGGAUUCCGUCUUCUGAACAAUACCCUAACAAUGACAACAGAAUAUGCCGAAGUGCCGACGCCGCACCAGCUUCAUCUGUAUUCCAUAUCCGACGUCCUAUCGCAUACGCCAUGUCAUCUACACCUGAUGAUCGUUUUCGUGCUUUGGAGUAUCUUCCGACUCAGACAAGCCUUGCAGUUGUAUCAAUGUCGCGUCGCCUGUACUUAUAUGAUGCUGUUCGAAUGGGUCUGGAUAAACGGACACGUCCGAUUUACACUUUAGUUUUGAGAGAUGCUUAUCAGGAAGCUGUAGCUCUUCGACGUUGGCCAUCUGAACCUAAUUGCAUAGCACUUGCAACUCAUCAUUGUGUACUUUUGUUCGAUAUUCGAUGUUCUACAGUCAAGGUUGGAGCUGCAGCACGCUGUAUACUUCCUCCUUUAGAUGUAUCAGGUGUCCGAUCUUUGAACUUUGCUGAAUCAGUUUUGUCUUAUGGCACUUCCAGUGGUCAAGUGCACUUUUAUGACCUUAGAAGUGAUCAUCAUCUGCCAAUACAGUUGGACGUUGGUCCUGGUUGGUUGAAACCACAAACAUGUGAUGAAUUCGAGAUACCGUCUGUUGUGUCCUCUUCAGUUGCCCCUAUUUCCAGACCGGUUUCACAACCUCAAGCAAUAGUUCAAAGUUCUUCUAACUGGAAUGCACCUUCUCCACCACCCUCCCCUGCACAUCCAGCUCUUUUGACACGGUCUCUAAAUACUGUUCGUUCAUCACAACUUAGGGCUGAAGUUGUUAACAAUAUACGUGUUCGUUUAGACAGAAUCCAACAUCGUUUGUCAAGUUUACGUAGUCGGCGUAGCAUGGCAGUGGCUGGAGCUUUAAACACCUACCCAGUUGUCGAGGCGUCGGUGUCUGACAGGUCGAGUUAUGCUAAUAUUCGAAGUGAUACAUAUCAACAGAAUACCACUACAGAGGAUGGUAAUGAUUCUUCAUUAUCUGAAUCAUACUUCCCAGUCGAUGACCUCCAGUCAACCACAAAUAAUGAGACUGCGACGGUGGAUUCUCUGGAUGGUAAUAAUCAAAGUUCAAGUCAAGCAAAUGAAAUUGAUACACCUUCUACACAUGUAGUAAUGCCCUUUGGUUUACCACGUUUACAAAUCCGUGAUCCACAUUUAGGACCCAUUUUUUUAGGAAUGAAUUAUUUUGGCAAUAUUCAUUCUGAUUUUGUAUCUUUUCCUACAUUUUUCAACCAACGUCGAAUGCUGGCUGUUUAUACACAUGAAUAUGACCCUUCAGGUACACGUUUGUUCACAGCAGGUGGUCCAAUCGCUUCCACAUUUCAUGGGAAUGUCGCUGCCUUAUGGGAGUAA